AUGUCGAUAGACUAUCGGACUCCCGGGCCUGUCUAUCAGACUCAAAAUACAGUCUCAAAGGACAAUGAUUUCGUCAACGAGAAACCAACUGCCCAGCCAGUAGACAUAGACGCCGAGGCCCAGCCCACAGAGAAGCAAGACGAUCGCAAUGGCACCAAAGAUUCCAUUUUCAAAGGCCUUGGAAUCCUCGACCGCUUUCUGGCCGUCUGGAUCUUACUCGCCAUGGCCAUUGGAAUCAUCCUUGGCAACUUCGUCGACAAUGUCGGGCCUGCAUUGCAGAAGGGAAAAUUCGUUGGCGUCUCAGUUCCUAUCGCUGUCGGCCUGCUCGUCAUGAUGUAUCCCAUCCUCUGCAAAGUUAAAUACGAGGCCCUCCAUCACGUCUUCCGCAAAAAGGAAAUCUGGAUCCAAAUCCUCUUCUCGAUCCUCUUGAACUGGAUUGUCGCGCCCUUUAUCAUGCUCGGCCUCUCUUGGGCCUUCCUCCCUGAUAAGUCUGGCCUACGCGAAGGCCUCAUCCUCGUCGGCAUCGCACGCUGCAUCGCCAUGGUACUGAUCUGGACCGGCCUCGCUGGCGGCGACAACGAAUACUGCGCCAUUCUUGUCGCCAUCAACUCCCUCCUACAGAUGGUUCUAUUCGCUCCGCUCGCCAUCCUCUUCAUCACCGUCAUCAGCGGCGGAGACACGAGCGGCAUCUCGUAUUCAGUUGUUGCGAAGAGUGUCGCUGUCUUCCUAGGCAUCCCGGUCGGUGCCGCGAUCCUUACUCGCAUUACGCUCCGUAAGCUGGUGAGCCCGGGUUGGUACGAUAACGUGUUCGUGAAGUGGGCGAGCCCGUGGUCGCUCAUCGGAUUGCUAUUUACAAUUCUCGUCCUCUUUGCCUCGCAAGGCAAGCAAGUUGUCCACCAGAUAGUCUCCGUUGUCCGCGUUGCCGCGCCACUUAUAAUUUACUUCGCACUUAUCUUCUUCCUCACACUUCUCGUGUGCCACAAGUUGGGCUUCGGGUACAAGCUUGCUACGACGCAGAGUUUUACGGCGGCGAGCAAUAAUUUUGAGCUUGCUAUUGCGGUAGCUGUUGCGACCUAUGGCCCGAAUAGCGACCAGGCGCUUGCUGCAACUGUCGGGCCGUUGAUUGAGGUUCCUGUUUUGAUAGCGCUUGUAUAUGUCGUGAAGUGGCUAGGAAAGCGGAGAAGAUGGAGUGAUUAA